AUGAACUCGGACAAAGGCAGAGCCAUCUUACGGGUGGCUUGGUGCGUGCUGGCCGCGGCUCAAGCGAUCUCCGCCGGGAUAUCGUGCCUCAGCAAUCCUUGCCUACACGGCAUCUGUAUCGAUGACAUCAAUAGCACGUACUCUUGCUACUGCGUGGAUGGCUACACUGGUGUCCAGUGCCAAACCAACUGGGACGAGUGCUGGUCCAGCCCUUGCCAGAAUGGUGGCACUUGCAUCGAUGGCAUCGCGUCAUACAACUGUUCGUGUCCCGAUGGUUUUAUUGGUGACAACUGCGAGACCAACUUCAACGAAUGCGAGUCGAACCCUUGCAUGAACAACGGCACUUGCAUCGACAUGACCAACGGUUACGUCUGCUCUUGCGUGCCUGGUUUCUCUGGCCAGCACUGCGAGAUGGAUGUGGCUGUAUGCAACUCCUCGGAGGAAGUCAGGUGUUACAACGGCGGGCAGUGUAUUGAAGGACCAGGGUUCAAGUUUUACUGCAAGUGUAUGGCAGGAUGGGCCGGUCCAAAAUGUGAAGAUCAAAUAGACGAGUGCGAGUCUAACCCUUGCCAAAACGGAGGAGUUUGCAUCGAUGUUCACGCUGAUUACAUGUGCGCUUGUGCAUUCGGUUACACUGGCAAAAGCUGCGAGGUUCAGAUUGAGUUCUGCGAUGAGAACUCAUGCAGCAACGAGGCACUUUGUGUCGUAGAGGAUGGCAUGAGGGUCUGCUACUGCGUGCCUGAUUACCACGGCGAGCGCUGUGAACUGCAGUACGAUGAAUGCUUGCUGGGACCCAGAUGUAUGAAUGGAGGUACCUGCAUUGAUGGCGUUGACAACUUCACAUGCUCCUGCCCACCCAGACUCACUGGAACUUUGUGCGAAUGUCUUAUUCUCGAUGACGGAACAUACGAUUGCGAAUACGUCAGUCCAACACCCCUGCCUGAAAUUACCCAGUCAAUCAUUCUAACUACGUAUGAAGAUCUUUUAACAACCGACUCUUCAGUUAUCUACACCAUCGGACACAAUGACUCUAAACCGAGAAAUAUAACUAUGUUCGAAGAAACUGAACUGUCAACUUUAUCAACAUCACCUGGAAUAACAACUACAACGGAAACAUCAAUGGACACUACUUCUGAAACGACGGUCACGAAAGAAACUAGCCACGAAGAAACAACACCUAUUUUUACUGUAGAUUAUACGUCGGUGAAAGAAAUCACAUCAAUGACGUCAUUUACUCAAGGAAUGGAUUCUAAGACUGAAGCUACAACUGAAUGUAAAGAGUCUUGUACAAAACCUACAGAAUAUACAGCAAAGGUUCCCACUAUUGAUGAAGCUAUUUCUUCAGUUAUGACUACAGAACCUACGAAAGCAGAUACUAAACUUACUACUACAACAGAAACAUUUGAACUAACAACAAUUACUACAACUACUGAAGCUGCUUCUACAACAACAGAAACGCCAAUGAAAGAAAUUACAGCAGAAGUAACUACCACGCCUAAAGGAGAUACGACAACUGAGAAAAUGUUCACCGAUACGCCGACUGAACAUGCUCAAACGGAUUAUCCAACUCCAAUAGUGUAUACAACAACUGAGGCGAUGGAAGUGGUGACAGGGUUUGAUAACUCUACAUACGGGUUUACAACGGUACAAUCAGAGUGCAGUGACACCGUUUGCAGUAAUCAUGGCACUUGUAUCAACACUCCACAUGGCAUUCGAUGUCAUUGCACAUUCAACUACGGAGGAAGAUUUUGCGAUGAGAAACUUGUAAUAGCAUCGGCAGCUUUCGGUGGAGCUUCGUACAUCACGCAUAAUCUUCGCAACGAUACCUCAAUAGUCAUAGAAUUCAAUGCCAAGACAUUGAUAACUGAAGGGCAAAUAAUGCACGUGGAUAUUGCGAAAGGCGUUUAUAUGCAGCUAUUCAUGGUAUCAGGAUUGUUAAAGUUUAAGUUCUCGUGUGGCUACCAGACUAUGCUUUUGAGUGAGCUGAAAACGUUUGUGAAUAAAGGGUAUCUUAUGAAAAUUGAAACAAGGCUAGACUUAUACUUGAAAGAGCAACACUGCAACGCUACUUUACGACUCAAUGACACGGUGGCAAUGAGUGGUGGUCAGGUGGCCAACAUUAGUUCUUUGAACAGUAACACCACUCUUUACUUGGGGAACAAUCCGGAUUUGAAGGAUUCUGAUAAUAAACCGUUCAUUGGGUGUAUUGCGGACUUGAUAGUAAACGGUGAAAGACGGGAGGUUUUCGGAGAAGCGGUUGAAGCGAGUGAAGUGAGCGAGUGCUCGUCUUUGGCGUGUUUGUCAGGACCGUGCCUCAAUGGAGGCUCCUGCAGCGACAGUGGAUCUGGCUAUACUUGCUCUUGCGCUAAUGGAUGGACCGGAGUCCACUGCAACGAAUCUGUAUGCGAGAACAACCCUUGCCAUACGGGUGGCAGCUGCGUGCGGCAUCCUGGCAGUGGUUUCUUGUGCCUCUGCCCCUACGGCCGCCACGGCAUCUUCUGCGAGUACAAUGUAGAAAUAACCCGACCCUCCCUCUCCCCAAUAAGCACGGGGAUAUCGUCAUACCUCAUGUACCCGCUAUCCCCUUCGGCGAUCAACUCCGACCGCUUCGACCUGCGCCUACGCUUCCAAACCUCGGACAUGGAUCAGAUCGCGCUACUAGCGUUUGUGGGGCAAGCGGGAAGGCAUGAUUCGAGGAGUCAGCACCUGGCUUUGACGUUUGUGAAGGGGUACAUUAUGCUGACGUGGAAUAUGGGGACUGGACCCCGACGUGUGUUCACAUCCCGUGCCUUGAGUUUCCGUCGAGGAGGUCACACGGUGCGCGUUUUUCGGCGCGGGCGCACUGCCGGUCUUACCGUUGAUGGCCGCCACAAUGUCAGCGGCAACGCGCCCGCACACGACAAUAAGAUGACCACGCUGCCUUACAUCUUUGUUGGAGGGCAUCCAUCAGAAGGAUUUCGCGACCUGCCCCACGACUUACCCCUACACACCGGCUGGCGCGGCUGUGUCUGGGAAGUGGGCGGCCCAUCGGUGGGCGCGGGCAAGGCUUUGGGCGGGCGCGGCGUGGGCCAGUGCGGGGUCGCGCAGUGCACGGCCAAGUCUUGCCACGCUCCGAAUGGCGUGUGCAUUCACUCGCCGGCCACUUAUGGAUGCAUCUGCAACGAAGGCUGGUUCGGCGCAACCUGCGCGUCUACAAGCAACCCGUGUGACCGCGCUGCGACACCGUGCCGUGGCCGCUGCGUUGUUACCGCGGCGCAAGCACACUGCGAUUGCCCUUAUGGGAAGACUGGCACUCACUGUGAUCAAGAUCUGAUCCCCACGGACGUUCUAUUCACCGGCACGAGAUCAUACAUCCAACUCCACCCGCGCCCCAUAUCCAGUGUGGCCGUGUCUUUCGACGCCGAAGUGAAGCCGUCAAGGGAACGAGGCCUGAUGGUCUUCGCGGAGACGCCCCACUUUUAUACUGCACUGUCCUUGCAAGGCGGCCUGCUGGAGUAUCGUUGGACUGAUCGUCUAUCAGGCGUGACCUCGUUGGUUCGCAGCGGGGUGGUCGUGUCUAUGUCUCAGUGGCACAGCGUGAAGGCUGGCCGUUACGGAAGCCGGCUGUAUGUGUGGGUAGACGGAGCGAUCAGUACGGAGGCGAUGCUGGCUCAUGCCUACCCUCAUACGGCUAGCAACGCUUCUGUGCUCUUAGGAGGAGCAAGAGAUCUAUCAGCGCUGCCCUUUGACGUGAUGUCAGGCCCUCCAGAAUCAUUCUCCGGAUGCAUCAGAAACCUUCACGUCAACAACAUCCUCCUUCCCUUGGAGGAGCAAAACAUUCAAGAGGGCCAGAACGUCGCCGACUGCGACGGCACAUCCUGCGGGGGUGAAGUAUGCGGGGGCGGCACGUGUGUGGUGGAGCAGGGCCGGGCCCGCUGCGUGUGCGGGGGGCCCGCGGGCGGCGGGGGCCGCUGCCGACGACAUACAGGCUGCUCGCGGGCCACGUGUGGGCCCCCCGCGGGGCACUGCAGGAAAGGACAGUGCGUUUGUGCCGCUGGGUAUACGGGACUGCAGUGUGAUUCGAAAAUUAACGUAACAAUCCCACAAUUCACCGGCGAAUCUCUUUUAUCGCUGGGCCGUCGAACUCUACUGAACGAGCGUUAUUCCGGCGAGCAAAGGAUUGCGUCCACACUGUUUAGGCCGUCUUACCUCGCCCUGAAUUUCACCACGGCAGAGCAAAGUGGACUGUUGCUGUGGGCCAUCAUGGACAACGACUAUUUAGGCAUCGGCUUAGAAAAUGGCUUCCUAAAAUUAGUGUGGUCGUUUAGCAACGACAACUAUACCCAUGAAAUGUUCACGGAAAAGAGCCUGAAAACUCCAGAACCUUCCAGACUGUUAACCAGAUUGGUACCUCAUGCGGGCUUCCUGACUGACGGCGAGUGGCACUUGUUGGUUGUGAGACUAGAUAGGGAGAAUAUUACGCUGACUGUGGACCAGACGUUGGCGUAUGUUGAAGAGCCUGGGCUGAGGAAUGAGCUGGAUUAUGAGGAUGUCGAUGUUUUUAUAGGUGGUAUAAACGAAGAAGAGAGUUCUAUAGCAAAGAAAAUAUUCCCAGACAACUUCAAAGGCUGCAUCGACCAAAUAUCCACUAAGGAAGAAUUUUAUAUGAGCAACUACACUGAUGUGUACAGCGAAAACGUCAAAUCGUGCCAACUAUUCCCGUUAUCAUAGUUCUUCGAAUAGGUAAGGUAUACAUAUAAGGUAAUAUUACUAGAUCUUCUAAUAGUUAAUCAAUAUUAGAAGUAAGUUCUUAUUCCAAAGGGUGUCAGUCAGUAGCAAAUGUAAUAUGUAAAUUAUGUAAUACUCAUAGUACAAAACUUUUCUAGUCUUCUAAAUGGACCAAAGCUGUGUCUUAUUAUAUCUAGUUAUCGUUUUUAUUUAUUAAGUUUUUGUAUGUGGUAUGUAUCUUUGUAUUUUUUCAUUUAACGAACAUUUUGUACACAUAAUCUAAAACUAUUGUGAACAAAAUUAUGAACUCGAAAGAAUGUUGUUGUUUUGUAGAAAGAAAAUUAAAGAUUGUCGUACACAAAAUAUAGUUUUAUUGAUAUAUUCAUGUUUAAUAAAGUGUAUACAUAACAUCAUCAAAUAUUAUAUUAUAAACAUAUACAUUUCGUUAUACGUUACUUAUUCAAACACAAAUACAAUAUGAGAUGUUAUCCCCGUUAAUCAUAUAUCUCAUUAAUUGAAAAACGUUUUAGUCUCAACACAGAAUAGUAAUUUCCAUUGGCAAAUGUUCAGUAUCUAAACACGCCUCUUACACGAAGCUCAUCAACGUCAGAUUUAUUUACAAUUUCAUUAUUAAAGCAAGAUGUACAUUCAAAAGUAGUAAAAUUCGUUAGGCCUAUUUACAAGUGGAAUAAAGUUGGAAUGCUUGACUGUAGUACACAAUUUAGCUUGCAAUUGGUGUAUUGUACAGUAUGUAAAAAUCAUUAAAAUUUAGGAACAUUGGAUUCCUUUAUUGUAGUGACGCUAUAGAAAUCUCGAUAUACUUUCUAAAAAAUAAAUAUUAUAUUAAGCGAUAAAGAAUAAAUAAAUUGUUAAAAUAAUUGCACAUCAUCAUUAUUAUAAAAUUUUCAAAAAUUAAAUAAUUCUUUAUAACAUUGUAAGCUGCGCUUACGAUUUCAUUAUGCCAUUAUGAAAUUAGGCACCAAGUGAAUUUCUCGUUUACAUAGAAAUAACAAUUGAAACAAGUUUAUUGAAAUCGGAAAAUAACAGUACCCUAGGAAUGUUCGGAUAACAAUAAUAAAGAUAUACAAAGAAUAGAAUAAGCUGAUCACAGGAGAAGUAAAUAUUAUAUAUUUACGAAGUAUUAAACCUAUUGGUGUGUCACGGUAAUCUCGAUUACAAAGAUAAUUGCAAUUAGUACCUAGUUAGGGCUCGACAACACAUCGAUACGGUGAGGCCUACGUGACAUUGACUAUAUCGAACAUUAUAAUAACCGCAUUACCACCGAUAGUUCAGAAACGCUUAAUCGUGAAUAGUAUUAUUAUAUAGUGAUAUAUAAACACCAAUGUAUAAUGGAAAUCUCUUAUAACGGCAUUAUAAUUUACUCUAACCUUCCAAUAAAAGAUACACAAUAAAGACAUUUUGCUUAUCUAGAACAAAAUUCAUUUAGAAUAAUUAUGUAUAAUAUGGAAAUCAGUUAACAUUUUCCUAAUAAUGCUAUUAAAUUAACAAACAUCAAUAAGGGAUUUAUAUAAUUAAUUAUAUUUCUUUGAAACGUACAUUUGGGACAUAAUGCCUUAUAAAUUAGGUCGAAUUUGACAAUUCCUUAUUUAUUUACCGGGUGGUAACAAUCUCAAUAAUUCGUAAUCUCUAAAUUUAUAAACAAAUUACCUACGCAUUACAUAAUGUCAUCAAUAAAAGGUCAUGUUCUAUGAAUUAAAACAAAUUAAUUACUACCGACGUUACAAUAUGAUUAGGUACAUCGAUAUUAUCAUUUAUCAAAUAAGCAUUCGGAGUAUAUAAAGUGGGAUUAUGUAGCUGUACAGCGGCGGGCCGCGCCGUCGUCAAAAAGUGUUACGAAAGCAUUUGAAACAUUUCUAUAAACAAAGCGUUACUUGUAAAAUCAGUCUCAUUCGCAUAAGGAAGUGAUCACAGCACACACACUGGAAACUCGUUGCAGACGGAGGGGCCACGUCCCUCUUAACAAAACUUUAAUCAUAGAGCACCUUAGUUGUUUACUAACUUCUUACAAUUAAAAACUGAUAAAAACUCGCAACAGACCGUUUCUAUAAAGAUGUAUCAAAUAUACGGAAAACAUACAGUCGAGAAGACUAAUAAAAUAUCGGAAGUACGCAUCGUAUCACCUCUAGAACAAUCAACAAUACGAUCGAUACACACAUAGAAUAUAUUAAUAAAUAUCAACCGACGUGCCGGAACAGGAAACGAAACAACAAGUCACAAGCGUAGACUAGAUCGUGAAGAUUUGUGAAAGACAAAAGACACACACGGGCUUCGCGGAAGAGCGCGAGACCCCAGCAAGAUACAUAUUCAGAAAUGGCAACUUCACAUUUACGCAUAAAACAUUUUACACAUGUGAAGCUAUAUUCACAGCGGCCAUCGUUGCCGACGGUCGCGAGCGUUCGGCGGGCCGCGAUUAUCUACAGAAUAUGUACACGACAGUCGUUCACAGGCGGGCCAGCGCGCGCG